AUGACUGCUAUAUUGGCCAACCCAACACCAAGGGUCACCAUAGACACGUUGAAGGAAUUGGUGGACAGUAAAACAAAAUGUGGGGGCUGGGGUGCUGAAACCAAACGAUUUUUUUCGGAAUCAUUGGACGAUGUGGGUCAGAAAAUUGGCGAAAGAUUCGAAGUGAUAGAUGAUCCCGAUGUAGCGGUUCAAAGAAUAGUUCAUGGCGAUCUCGCCUAUUACAACAGCAAAAACUUUCUAAAAUAUUUAAGCGUUAAAAGAAAAAACGUUAAUGUAAAUAUGAACAUAGAUAAUUCAACAAUGAAUGGUACAAAGACCCAAGUAAAUACUGAAAUGGAAAGAAAUUUACACAUCAUGACAGACUGUGUGGUAAAUAUUCCCGUUUCGAUAGGUUUCCACAAGAACUCACCUCUGAAACCCUUAGCCGAUGUCUAUUUGAGAAGAAUCGUUGAAGUUGGCCUUGUUGAGAAAUGGCUGAAUGAUGUUAUGUACCAUAUAAAGUCCUUAGAAAGAAAUGAGGAAGAAAUAAAGGCCCUAAUGAAUUUGCAGAAACUACACGGAGCUUUCAUUGCGUUAGCUGUAGGAUAUUUUAUAAGUAUGGUAUGCCUCAUAUGGGAAUAUAUACAUUGGAACUAUAUAGUUAAAAGAGACCCAUAUUUCGACAAAUAUGCUAUAGAUUUGUACUAUCAAAAAAAGAAUAAAAAACAUUAG